AUGGGGCAUCUUAGAGAUUGCAUAGGUCAUGUUAGGAAUUUGACAAUUAUAUCAGAUAGGGCAAACUCAAUUGAUAUGGCUAUUAGAAGAUGUUUCCCCGAUGCUUUUCAUGGACUUUGUGGUGUUCAUUUGUUCAGGAAUCUAAAAACAAGGUGUGCUCGUAUAAAAAACCACAAAUGGAAAUAUUGGAAGGCUGUGAAAGCUUAUCGAGAAGUAUAUUUUAAUAAACACAUGAAUCGUCUAAGACGUGUGUUGCCUCAAUGUGCCGAAACUUUAGAUAAUGUUGGGAUUGAAAGAUGGUCAAGAGUACACGCCCUUGGAGCAAGGUAUGGUUUCAUGACAUCUAAUAGUGCAGAAUCAAUCAACUCUCUAAGUCGUCAUGCAAGAAAACUACCCAUUACUAUGCUAAUGGAGUUUUUUCGAGCAUCAGUUCAGGAUUGGUACUAUAAGAAAAGAAAUGUUGCAGAAACAUUGGAACGCCGUGUUACACCAUGGACCGAAAAAAAGAUUGCAAAGCGUGUUGUGAAGUCAGCAUCAUGGAGAGUUAAACCAUGUUCAAACACAUUGUUUGAAGUUUCAGAUAAUACUUUGAAUGGGCUUGUCGAUCUAGAUGCAAAGACGUGUACUUGUGGGAAAUGGCAAAUUUCAGGUUUUCCUUGUGGCCAUGUUAUAAAAGUUGCUCUUCAUCUAAACCAAGAUGAUUCCACUGUAUACGCAAUGGACUGCUACACUUCAGAUAUAUAUCGACAGACUUAUGCUGAGAUUGUCUAUCCCAUACCACAUCCGUCUGAAUGGGAGAUACCUGAUGACUUACAAACAGUUUUGCCACCAGUCAUGGACAAAAGGCUACCCGGCCGACCCAAAAACCGCGAUCGUAUACCUUCUAAGGGUGAGGAGAAGAGAAAAAUAACAUGUAGUCGUUGCAAGGAACGCGGUCAUACAAGGAUGACUUGUAGAGCACCCAUGCCAUCACAAACAUCAUUUCCUCCACCGACACAAUAUGGAUCAUCAUCUUCAUCAAAAGCUCACCAUGUGCCAAGUAAAGGGAAAUCCACAUCUCAAUCAAAAUCACAUUCAUCACCUUUUGGGACUAUUAACUUGGGUGAUUUUUAG